AUGAAAGAAACUAUCAUAAACCAGGAAAAACUCGCCAAACUGCAGGCACAAGUGCGCAUUGGUGGGAAAGGAACUGCUUGCAGAAAGAAGAAGGUGGUUCAUAGAACAGCUACAGCAGAUGAUAAAAAACUUCAGUUCUCCUUAAAGAAGUUAGGGGUAAACAAUAUCUCUGGCAUUGAAGAGGUGAAUAUGUUUACAAACCAAGGAACGGUGAUUCACUUUAACAACCCUAAAGUUCAGGCAUCUCUGGCAGCAAACACUUUCACCAUUACAGGCCAUGCUGAGACAAAGCAACUGACAGAAAUGCUACCCAGCAUCUUAAACCAGCUUGGAGCAGACAGUCUCACUAGUGUGUAA